GGUGGUAAGAAGACCCGUAGCCUGCUCGACCUCAACCACACCUCGGCGGCGGCGCCGCGGCCGCGGCCCGAGCACGCCCUCCACGUACCCCAGUCGCCCGUCGGCGCUACGCACAGGAGCCCCCGCGACGACGUCGCCUCCGCCGCAACGUCCGCCAUCCACCAGCGGCCUCACAAGUCCAUGGAGUUCCUCCUCGACAAGGAGAACCUGCAUUUCGUCAAGCCGCCGGAGAAUGAGUUGCAGAAAGUGGGCGAGCGCGUGCCGAGUGAGCACGAGCUUAGGGUGCAGCGAUCGUUGCAACGACUCAAUGUGCCCGACUGGUACAAGAAUUCACCCGCUGCCCGCGACGGCUUCCGGCUGAAGAGGCACUCCGACGCGUCGCAGCAUGGAGGAUGGCGCGCCCUCGGCUCCAAGACCACCUCCCUGUCGUCCCUCUCGUCGUCUUCCAAUCGACAGCCGACCACAGGUGUCCUUCUAAGUCCCAGUCCCACACCCCCCGUAUUCUCGAGAUGGAGUACCAGCUUGCUGAACAGCGCCGGCAGUUCACCCGCGAGUUCGGCCAGAUCGUCCUUCAAUCACCGGCAGCCCUACUUGGGCUGGCGUUCUCAGGAGCGAUUGACCAACCCGCGAACGCCGGCGGAACGUCUUGCUCAGGGUAUUCUUCCCCAACUGCAGGCCGCAAACAAGCAACAGCAACAGCAGCAGCAGCAACAGACAACGAAUCAGCAGCUGGAAGUACGGAACUCGAUAAAGGAGGUGACCUCGGCCAUCGUGCACUACGUACAGAGCGGCCAGGAGGUCGGCGGAGGCGGUGGCGGCCGACUCUCGCCUCGACCUCGACCUGAAGAUUGGGAUGACAGGGGCGGAGCGAGGUCUACCAGCCCCAGAGGGAGCGUGAGGCUGUGCUGGAUGGAGAGCUCGUUCGUCGGCACGCGGCCCGUGGACUCGCCGGAGACGCCUAUGAGCCUGGCGACCGACCAGGAGGCCGGCGACUGCUGCAACGCGGCUGGCACCGAGUCCUGCAGCUGCCAGGACUCGGCCGCAUCCGGUCUCUACCUGGACCUGACACCCAGCCGGGAUGACAUGCACCAUCAGCAUCUUCAGGCAUCCUCGGCCGGCCCGUCGCCCACGUCCUUCUCUAACUAUCAUCACCAUCAGCGUCACCAGCAUCGCCAGCAACAACAGCAACAUCAUCACCGCGGAUCGGGCCAGAGCGAUACGGACGAGGCGAUGGCGACGGCAGCUCUUCUGCGGAACAAACCGAGCCCGGGCUCCACGACCCUGGAGGACGUACUUGACUCCCUCCUGGGGCUGCCACCCGCGUCGCGUACCCCGAGUCCUGGCCCGGGGGGACCCGUCGUGACCGCCACGUCCGCCAUCCGCCAUCGCCAUACGAACGCCGCCGUCGGCCAGGCGAAUGCCGGGCAGAGCUGCAGCGAUCUACGCCAAGACCUCCAAGAGGCGAGCCUAAGGGCGUGUAAAGCCCCUCACGGGGUCGUAGACACCCCAGAGUCCAAGGACGAGCUUGGCCGUGGUCGGCCACCGCAGCAGCCGCUCGCUGCUUAUCCUGCGUCGUCCUCGUCGUUGAUGCCGCGCGGUGGCGUCCAGCCGCGUCACCGUAGGGUGUCAUUCGACAAUGCCCAAGACUCCACUACUAACGGCAGCUCGGCUGGCAUGGACAAGGUAGUGCGGUGCCGUAAUAACAAGUGCGGUAACUCGACCACCCUGGCAGAAGCGAGGAGGACCUAUAAGAGCUGCCACAACUGCACCUGCCUAUACUGUUCGCGCGAAUGUCGAAGAGCUCACUGGCAACGUCAUCGCAGGACCUGCCUUCAUUCGCGAGCCGGCAGUCUCUGCCGCCAGGUACUGUCCUCGGCGAAAGAGGACUCGGCUACUCUGAAGCACAUCUCCGCCCUUGCCAGACGGGGCUAUGCCGGUCACGGUCGCGGCGCGGUCAAGUGCUUCUUCUCGAGCCCCGAAGCGGCCGAGCGUUUCGUCGGUAACGGCUUCGCCGAUCUUGGCGAGCCCACCUACGUGCGUUGGUCGGACUUACUCCCGGGCGAGAUGGGCGCCGAGCUCUACGCCGAAUUGAUGCGCCUCUGUAAGACAUAUAAUCCGGAAACGCGGCUAGUGCUCUACGUGGCGGUGUGCGUGGUCAGCGAAGUACCGACUAGCGGCGCGGUCAGGUGGGAACGACAACUGGUAUCCAGGUGUGCGAAGAUCAGACUCGACGGGGCGGCUAAACAGCAUGCUUCCUCCUCCUCGGCGUCUCCGCAGACCAGGAGGAGACUGUCACAACAAGCACCUGCGUCUCCCUGCAACAUCACUAGAGAGAUGGAUUCGCCUGAGACCUUAGUCUUGACAUCAUUACCCGGUAACAACGGUCAGAACACGCCACGAAAAGCGCGAGAGAUCAGCUUUACUAAUAUUCAACGGCAACUCAGGCUCAGGGGAGUCUCCUUGAGGAGACACUUUCCCCAGGUAUACCGGAAACUUUGUUCUUACGUGGAUGGCUCGGUGGACAAGUUCGCGCCUGUGACCAUCUAUCCCAGAGAUCAGGCGUCCGGUAAGAGCUUUAUGUGUAUCAUCAUGCUGGAUGCGGAGCCUGAACGUCUUCAACUAUUGCCCACGGACUCGUCCAGGGUGAGGACAGUGGACAUCAGCGUGGAACAAGAAUGAGAGCCAUGUUCGGGUAGAACGAGAUUCAAGAAUCGGGAUAGCUUAAAACACGUCGCUCAGGAUUUUCCUCAGGUUCGCGGAGAGACAGUCAGAAACGUCAUCGUAAACGGAUUUCUUCAAGAUGAAGACUACUGACGUCGGCCGAUGGCAGAGCAAGAACGAAGAUCACAUUUGAAGAAAUGAUCAAGAGAACCGCAGGAGAUCGCAAGGCAUUUGCUCAGAAUUUUUUUCAAGUUCUAGAGAAAAAGAUCGAAGAUGGCUACUGACGGAUGCCUUUAGAUUGAAGACGACUUCAUCAGUCAGUGGAGUAAACUCCGAUAAUGUAAAAGUUUAAAAAGUAUCCUAAUUUCGUCGGAUAUCUUUUGAAUGUUUAUAUUGUCUGUGUGAAAGAAUGUUUAGGUAGAAGAGUAUCUAGAUGAAAACGCCGACGAAAGUCCAGAUGGAUCUAGAAAGCUCAACAUUUGAGCUCACAAACUUGUACGAUUUCACACACACAGGACAUGCAUACAUACACAAAGACUUUUUCUAUCUUUCCUUCUAGAGAAAAAAGAAAUCGAAUGCAUGAAAAACGAAAAAGAUUACUCUGUUCAUAUCCAUCCUCUUUUUCGAUAUCUUAGCUAAGUAUCGCGAUCGAAGGCAAUCCACCGUUAUUUCAAACAUCCUCGAUUUGGUCGUUGCUGUAUGAGAGGUUUAUUAUAAUCGUUCGCCAGAAAUAAGUCUUAUUGAAGAAUUAUUAACGAUCCUUUCAAUCCAAAAUAUAUAUGAUCGAUAACUUCUAAAGAAUAUUUGAAGAAAAUUAAAUAAAUAUUUUCACGCGUUUAUUAAUAUAUCACAACGAUUUGAUAAACCAAGUAGAAUAGUCUAUAUAUAUAGUCAUGUUUCUUUAACGAUUCUUUUGAAGGGAUUGAAAGGAUCAGUGACGAUUUCAAGAUUCUCGGCGGAUGGAAUGGAAAGUAAGAUUUAAAGUACGUUGUUGUCUCUUCGUUCAACUUUGCAUUGUUUAAAUAUUUUAUCGUAUAUAUUAUAUGUAAAGAGGCGAGAAACAUUUUUCUCAGCGGAUAUAUUCACGAUCGAUCGCUACGAAAGUUUCGCUUAGAGUCCGACUUUAUCAGAGACGGAAUUAAAAUCGCGUGCAAUAUCGAGCCUCGAAAGGGAAUAUAUAUUUCAAGAGUUAUAUUGUAUAUUUUAAUUUGUUCAUGCAAAUGUCAUUAUAAUUACGACUAACCGCGGAAUGCCUGCCUUACUUAUCAGCAUGUAAAUAUAAUUCCUGUCGUUAUUAAUCAGAUUAAUUUAAUAAUACGAACGUAAUCACGAGAUUUUUUUUAUCCACAUUUCCCCCUUCUUUAUAUGGAAAAAAAAGAUGAACGCAUCUCGGAGAUGUCAUAUCGAAGAUUUUACCGCAAGUAUCGUCCAUAUCCAUGACAUCGUGCCAAAUAAGAAAAGCGUGAUAAAAGUAGCGAAAUGCAAACUUUCGGAUUUUGCCGCAGAACAUCGUCACAUUUUCGAUAUCAACCUCUAAUCUCGAGAGAACGCGCCACGCGUACAAUUUCGGUUAAAAACGGCGAAAAGUUUUCCUGCAGAUCAACGAAUCGCCAAUUUUAUUAAUAGUAAACGUAGCUUUAGGUCGAGUUGCGUCACAAGAAACGACAUUACGAAAGGCUGAUCUCUUUCCAGCGAAAAAAGGAGAACGGUGAUCGAUAAUGGUGCCAAUAAUAACGACAGACUUACAUCAUUACUUCGUAUAGCAAUAUAAAAACGUAUCGAAAGAAAAAGGAAACUUACAACCCGAAAUUACGCGAGUGUCGCAGCGUCAUCGAGUGACGAUUAAUCAAGCAAUCGACGAUGCUUCGGUGAUCAUAAUUUAAUAGAUAAUUAAUGGGGGAAGAAAUCGCUAACGAAGGAAGACGGAAGGGCGAUUUCCUACGCUAGUUGGUAGAAGUCGAUACCCAUUUUUAUCGAUGACAAUGCAAUUUUUAUCGACGACGAAACACGAUGGAAAGUAAAUGGAACCAAAAGAGGAUGCAUCGCAGUGCCAAUAAUAAAAUACCAUCAAUAUUUCUAUAAUCGACGAGGAAUACUCUAUUCGCUGUCGAGGAAUUAAAAGACGACAACUAAGUUCCGCAUACACCGAUCAUGAUGAUCCUUACGAUUAUUGAUUUCGAUUAACCGGAUUCUUUUGUAUGCAUAGCGAGAGCAUCGAGUUAUUAUCAACGUUCAAUCGAUCGUUAACAUCCGUUACAUUAUCAAGCUUGCGACCAAUGUUGAUCCCUCAUUUUACGUUUGUAUAUAGCGCUAUUAAAGGGAUAUAUACAUAUAGGAAGGAUAAAUUAGGGGUAAGAGAACGACUUUGCUAGCGAGAGGAGAUUAAAGAAAUCGAUCAAAAUUCGAAAGUAGGCGGCUUACAGAAGAUCAGUCCGUUACAUCCUCGAUAGUUCCUUUUCCUAUCUCUAUUACGCAAACGAUUACUUCAUUAUACAGACUGUAUAAUAAAGUGUAUUGAUUUCGACGCUUUGCGAUACAUCUUGUAUAAAUAUAUUUAUAUAUCCAUUCCGCUCUAGAAAUAUAUAAGGAUCAGCGAGGAUACAUCGGUCGGAAAAAAA